AUGCGUUCGAAAUUCAAAGACGAGCACCCUCUCGAGAAGCGCAAGGCCGAAGCCGAGCGUAUCCGCCAGAAGUACUCUGAUCGCAUACCGGUCAUCUGCGAGAAGGUCGAGAAGAGCGACAUUGCGACCAUCGACAAGAGAAAGUACCUUGUCCCUGCGGAUCUGACCGUCGGCCAGUUUGUCUACGUUAUCCGCAAGCGCAUCCGUCUCGCCGCCGAGAAGGCUAUCUUCAUCUACGUCGACGAGGUCUUGCCUCCUACCGCGGCCCUCAUGAGCUCUAUCUACGAGGAGCACAAGGACGAGGAUGGCUUUUUGUAUAUUUCAUACUCUGGCGAGAACACGUUCGGGUUCGACGAGAGCUUUUGA